UUCGGCCGCCAGGCCCCUGCGCUUGCUGCCUUGCUUCAGGCCGAGGGGCAGCCGGCCGCCUUCGCGGGAGCGGAGUGAGGGCCGGCUUGCCGGGGGCUUUUUUUUUAUCCCAACUCGGCGCGUUGCCCCGGUGGCCGGCCGGCGUGCGUGCGCUUUAUUCUUUUUGUUGCGCAGGCGCCGCACCCUUGGCCGCCUUGCCUGCUUUGCCCCAUGUGUGUUGCUGUUUGCUUGGGCUACCAGGUCCGGGCUGUGGCAGUCAAUGUGCUUGCGCGGCAGUGUAUUUCGCAAGCUGUUGCAGCCGACGCGAUGUCGUAAAAAGAUUUCGGCAGCUGCUGGUGAAAGUCUAACGCUUUUCGUAUUGGCCAGCAAUCAACAUACUCAUGUCUGGGCCGAGUGAUGCAUCCAUUCCGUCUAGCGCAGCCGAUGGAAGCGGGGCAAAACAUUUUAUCCGGCCUGUGUGCUGACUGGAUGCGUGUUCACUUUUUCUGCCUUUGUUUUACCGUAAGGUAGAGAGGUGGGUUGCAUUCCUCGUGAAGCUCUCUCCUGUCAACAAGCGCGAUCUAUCAUGAAGCCGUGCAUCUCUAGCAGCCAGUGUGCGACAGGUUUGCGUCGCGUUGCUAGCCAGACUGGCAACCGUCUUAUCGUCGUCAAGUCGCGCAACAAGAGGCACGCCUCCCCCGUUCCCAAAUAGCCAUGAGAUGGCUGCAGCGCGUAAGCAGCAGCGCCGGUAGCUGUAGUUCAGCAGGGGGCGUUCGUCUCCGGGAGCUUUUGGACCAGCGAGCGCGGUGGCCGGAGCUGGAAUCUGCUGCACGUGUAUUGGAGUGCAAGUCGUUCGUCAGUUUGGGCGAGCUUCUGAAUUUGAUCGCAGACAAGCAGAGCUACUUGCAGAGGGAUCCGGCCGACGACAGUCGCAGGGUUUGGGCAGAGUUCUUUUCGCGGAACUACAGGGUCAUAUAUGAGCAGACUGAGGACGACAGACUUCGCAAAAUCAGAGAUGCGACGGGAAUUGGCAAGCAGCGGUCUGCGUGUCGUGUUGCGCCCGGAGAAGAGGAAAACAUUGAUGAAGCUACGAGGAGGCAAAUACCGGACCCAGGGACACUUUCAAAAUGCUUCGGUGAUUGUCUGCUUGCGGCGUGGCGGCUCGGUGUUGUUGACGGAAUCUUCCUGCAGCGUGUCCACGGCGCUGAGACCUUGUCGAUCCUGCGAAAGGCAUUGGACUUAAUUCGGGAUGAUGCGGAAUUCUUUUCUCACGAGCGAGUGGCAUGUUUUCUCGAACUUUGCGCAUCGUGGAAGGCAGUAGUACAUGCCGAGCUACUGUUACAGCGCAACCUUGUUUCCCAAGUUUGCGGUGUUGCGGAAGCGUGUAUCGUGCGACAAACUGCGGAGCUGGCGGAGCUAUCUGAAAGUCAAAGAAAAAUAGCGUCAAUGAUACAUCGAGGCGCUCCUCCACUACCGCCACCACGCCGUGGGGAGGCAAGCAUCGCUGCCAUGAUUUCUUCUUCCGAUUUAGGUCAUUUGAUCCGGGGAGCGUUGUCGGUGCCGUUGCUACAUCCAGCACACUUCCGUUUUCAUCGCGGUGUGCUCAAGUUGUUAAUGUCAAUACCCGCGGCUGCCCAAGGCGAAGGCCAAGUAGAAGGAGCAUCAUGCAGUGGGAAAGCUAAUGUUACCAAGUUUAACGCUCGCGUUUUCAACCGCUACUGCCAGCUUCUUUCUAUUCGGAUCAACUGGAGCCGUGCGGUGGGCAAAUCGGAGCUUGUUCUUCUACUUCAGUACGUAGUUUCUCGAGAGAGUGGCACCGCCGCAGCUGCACCAUCUACCGAAGAUAUGGAUAGAAAGCAACGACUCGCUUCUUCGAGCCUGGAAAAGGACGUGCGUCGGGUUGUGUGGACGAUUCUAGAGCAGAAUAAGAAUAAGGCAGCGAUGUCAGUAGUUUCUGUUGAUCCGAAAAAUGUGGACACGCACAAGAAAGUUCAUAGAAUGCUGCAUUCAGCGGACGCUUCAUCCGCAACGGAUGUUGAAUGCCAGUCCAUUCUCACAGACCAAGUCUUUGCAUACCCAUUUUGCCUAGAUUACGUUCUAUGGCCACAUUCAAACUUUUUCGCAAGCGGAAUGUAAUCUGUAGAUGGAACACGAACAAGUGGAUAUCACGAUCAUGCGUUUCAGUCGGAUGUAAAGGAGAGUGCAGUUAAGUUAAGUAAGAU